UCAUUUAAUUAACUGCUAUUAUUCCAUGUGAACUGUUAACUGCAAGUAAGGCAGAUUAUGUCUCUAUCUUCUGGAAACAAAGUCUUUAGGCAAGUAAUAGUGAGUCAGAGGGGGAUGUGUAGGAAAUGGAAUGAAUGUGUGCUUAGUUAAGAUUUAAAUUUGUAUGUGAUUCGUUCAUUCAGUAGUCCUUGUUGAGCCACCUAUUUGCUUAGUACUGUAUGACUCAUGGUCCCUGUUCUCAUGGGGUCACAGGCAAGUGCAGGGGACAGGUGUUAAUCAUACCUGCCUAUGACAGGGAAUGGAUUAUAUCACAGGUGUAUUGAAGGCAGUGUUGGUAAGCUAAAAAGACCCUAAAGUAGACAGAGGCCUAAGGUUAUAGCUGUGUGAGCCAGGAAGUUUCUCUCUCUGCUCAGCCUCUUUCUUUUCUUCUAUAAAAGGACCAAGAUUGAACCUGUUGGCUUCUUAGUUCCUUCCAGUUUAUCACAUCUUUGAACUAUGAUUUAACAAAGGUACUUUCAAGAAGUCAGGAGGCAGAGCAGAAAGUACCAUUCUUUUGUGUGAAUUGAGUAUUGAGUAAUACUAAAUGUUCCAUUUAUUAUCUCUGUACACUUAGAGUUCUGGCUAAAAAAGUCCAUAUUGACUGCCUUGGUCUACUGAGAAAAGCACACUAUUACGUCAAUAUUUGGCAUUUUAGCCAACUGGCUCACCAUCUUUAGGUUACUCCGACAUUUGGGAUAUUGGCUCCUCUUUGUUUUGUAACCUUAAACCACCAAUCCCCUUGUUCCUAGUACCUGUAUUUGGUAUGUAAAUUGGGAAUAAUAAUGCAAAACUUUUUAAUAAACUCACAGAGACACUGAUUGAGCAAGGAAGCUGAAUUUUAUUUGUUUUGAGCAUCUGCUAUAUGCCUGACACUGCUAGUGGAAGGUACAGACAUGAAUAAGAAGUGGUCACUGCUCUCAAGGAAUGUAUGGUUUAGUGGUGGAAAACAAAGGAUUCUAUCAUGUGGGCAACCUGCUGCAACUGGUUCUGCCUGGAUGGACAGCCUGAGGAGGCCCCACCACCCCAGGGAGCCAGGGCGCAAGCCUAUUCCAACCCUGGGUACAGCUCCUUUCCUUCCCCAACAGGCUCAGAACCAAGCUGCAAGACCUGUGGGGCCCACUUUGCAAACAUGGCCAGGAAGCAGCAGACCUGCCUGGACUGUAAGAAAAAUUUCUGCAUGACUUGUUCGAGCCAAGUAGGAAAUGGGCCCCGCCUCUGCCUUCUCUGCCAACGAUUCCGAGCAACAGCCUUUCAGCGAGAGGAGCUCAUGAAGAUGAAGGUGAAGGACCUGCGGGACUAUCUCAACCUCCAUGACAUCUCUACUGAAAUGUGCCGGGAAAAAGAGGAGCUGGUGUUCUUGGUGCUUGGCCAGCAGCCUGUAAUCUCCCAGGAGGGCAGGACUCAUGCUCCCACCUUUCCCCCCGACUUCCCUGAGCAGCAGGCCUUCCUGACUCAGCCUCAUGCCAGCACAAUAUCUCCUACCUCAUCCAGCCUCCCUUCUUCAUCCACACAGGCCACUCCUCUUCCCGCAACCCAGGCUCAGGAAAAUCAGCAGGUACAGCUCCUUCGCAGUCUCUGCCCACUGGAGGGCUCGUUUCCUCUCCUGCCUGCAUCGUGGGAGUGGGGGGCCAAUGGCCAUGUGUCUCAGGACCGAGAAGAACCCGUCUACCCAGAGAGCACAGCCAGAGCACCUGCUGAGGAGGAGACCCAGUCUGUUGAUUCAGAAGACAGCUUCGUCCCGGGCCGGAGGGCUUCUCUCUCUGACUUGACUGACCUGGAAGACAUUGAAGGUCUGACUGUGCGGCAGCUGAAAGAGAUUCUGGCUCGUAAUUUCGUCAACUACAAGGGCUGCUGUGAGAAGUGGGAGCUGAUGGAGAGGGUGACGCGGCUGUACAAGGACCAGAAAGGUCUCCAGCACCUGGUGUGUGCUGCCGAAGACCAAAAUGGGGAAGCAGUGCCAUCCAGCCUGGAGGAGAACCUGUGUAGGAUCUGCAUGGACUCUCCCAUUGACUGUGUUCUACUGGAGUGUGGCCACAUGGUAACCUGUACCAAGUGCGGCAAGCGCAUGAAUGAGUGUCCCAUCUGCCGGCAAUAUGUGAUCCGCGCUGUGCACGUCUUCCGAUCCUGAGGGCUUGGUAUCGGCUUCUUCAGUGCCUUACAGGGACACAGUGCGAGGUGUCUGGGCUCAGGGUUGACCAGCUUGCAGAGGGGCAGGCUAACAAGAAAAUCUGCAGUGUCCCUAAGACCAAGGCAGAGAUGCUCUCUCACCUCUGGGCAUGCCUGUCUUGCCACGGAGGUGUACCUCUUGGCUGGCAGAGCCCAAGGCAGUGAGAAUUGGUAUAGAUCGCUUGGGCAUGUCCCUGUUUCAAUGAUCUUGGGUGAUGAUGGUAAUUGAUGAAGAGAGAGGACUUUCCAGAAUGUGGACCGUAUCUUCCUCCCUUCCUCCUGUACCCCACCUAACCCCCUGAGCUGACUGCCUGUGUUUCACCAAUGAGGUCCUGGUAGAAAUGGUUCUCUUUCUCCCCAGCACAUUUGGAUUUAUUUCUGGUUUCACUGGCUUUCUGUGCUUUAACCUACUUUUGCUAAAGUUUCUUGCUAUAUUGCCUAAAAUGCAUUUGUUUCUUCAGACUGAAAAGAUGUUGGCUUACCAGACCAAUAAUGACCCUCCUUAGCACGGAAUUUGGACCAGUAAACUUAUCUCUGAUGAGAAAUGAAACACAAAUGCUAUUGAAAAACUUCAGUUAUUAAGAGUUGCUCCUGUCAGUGCUGGGUUUAGGAGCUGCUGCCAAUCUCCCAACCUGGCCUUGGAGCCAACCAAGCGUCUGGUUCCCAAACUGCUGGGAAGUUCCAGUGUCUGUGAGAUGGUGCAUGGAUCUUCUCUGCUUCUUCUCUGGGGCCUGACUUAGCUCCAUCCUUAAUUUUAGUUUGAGAAAAGGGAAAGUGUUGGGUUGAAGCAAUGGCUUUUGCUUAACUUUGACUUCUCCGACAGACAUGAGUUUUAAACCCAUCUCCCCAGAGAAUGAAUCCUCUUUCCCAUGUAGGUUUAAACACGGUUUCAUUCAAGGCAUAGAGAUGUAGGCAUAGGUUCUGGCUCUUCUCUAGCCAGACUUCUCAUAAGUUCCUGGAGAUCCAUCAUGUAAGACAUGUAAGAGUACUUAAGAGGUAUCAGAGGUACUGAAUGAGGCUGGUUUCUGCCCUUGAGCAGACAGCUGGAAGUCUUAAUUCCCCAAGUUGGUGGGGACUCCCUACUCCUAUUUCCUUUCUAUCUACUGACUUGGGGAUAGGUGAGGAAGAAGCGUUCUCUAGGCCCUUUAGGAAGGACUGUGCAAUGAGUAGGUCAUGUUCUUGAGCCCUCUUAGUGUCUUCACACCACUGGAAGAGCCAAAGGGCUAAAGAAAAGUCUGCUGGCGCAGCUUGGCCAAGCACAAACAUACAUGUUAUUAGAGGAGCUGCGUGUGCUCCCAUUACCAAUGGAUGAUCUAUGCAAACCCUAAACACUGAGGGCCUUGGCAGACCCCCACCCCCCACCCUCUUCCACCCACCCCAUGGUAAGAAGCAAUCAUGACUCAGAAAGUAGUGGGAGAUGACCUAUUUAUCGGUACGGACAUAUUUAUGCUUUUCCUUCAUUAUCAACCACUAAUCCCCUUCAGGGAAACAAAAUUUUAUCAAGCAGUUGUCAGCUGAAGACCGGGCCAUUUACUAAGUCCUGGAUGAUUUGAUUCUGGGCCACAGCCUUUGUAGGAACUGGGGGUAAUUGAGAUUUCCCUGUGAAGACAUCUAUCUGCUGGACAGUAACUACUGUAGUUUACAAUGCCUACCAGUUUGGCAAAGGAUUUAGCUACUCCUCAAUUCCACUGUGAAGCAGGUCUGUGCAUAUGCAAUUCAGUUAAGGUCUUGCAAUAACUUCAAGGUAGAAGCUGGCUCUCUUCCUACUUAAAACUUGCUUUUUCUGCCAAUGCCUUACCUCUCCCUACCUCCCAAUUUGCUUCUUAGACGAGUUAAAAAUAAUAUCCUAAUGGUUGAUUAAGAACCUAAGAAUUAGAACUGAUGUCAUUUACUCAUUUUGGAGAAAGAACUUGCCUUUAAGCCUUCUAACCUCUCUUGGUGAUGGUUUUCUUUAAAAAAGGUGUUAAACAACCCUGAUUUUUUCCUUUUCUUUUUUUUUGUAUCUUUUCUAUUACACCAAAUAAAAGUUGGGAAUUCCCAAACCCCAUUUCAGUUACUGUCUAACCUACGUAGAAAACUUGGCUUUUAUCCUUUGAUGCUCCUUCCAGUUCCUCAUGGAUCUUUUGUUGGUUUUAAUCAUCAUGAAAACAUAUAAUUCUUCCAAUUAUUCCUUGGCUUUUGCUGUGAUUGUUUAGAAAUUUCAGUUGAGACUUAAAAAAAAAGAAAGCUGACUGGUUCAUAACGUUGGAAUACUUGGAUCCAAACUAGUAAGAAUAAGCUGUACAGGAAUUAGUGCUCAAUAUAUAUUGUAUAAAUUCGUUGAAAUUUUUUGGAUGUGAAUAUGUUACUUCAAAUGGCUUAUAUUAAGAUUCUCUGACUUGGGUGUUAAUACAAACCCAAAUGUGUAUUUUUUGUUACAGAGCUCUGCUUUAUAAUUUUGUAAUAAAGUUUCAUUAUAGAUAUCUGUCCUAUCUGGUGUGAGGUUGCCAGAGGUCUGAUAGUUAAGACUGACAAGAGUUGAUAAACCACAGGCUGAUCCCAGGUGUGUGCACACAGGUAUGCUAUUGAGUAUCAUUUUUGGAGAUGCUUGGGUCAUGUCAUGUGGCUUUGGUCAAGGAGCCCUGUUCAACACACAAGGAAACUGAAGCUUGGUGGUGUUGUGACUUAAGAUUUCACUACUAUAUGGGAGAGGCCAUGGAACAGCCUAAAUGAGGAUGGGAACUGAGGAGAAAAAGGACCAAUCAAUCGUAAGACUAGAUAGGAAGAAGCACUAAGUGAGUUUAGA